AUGUCAACGUCACCGCCGUCGCUUCCCAAGAUCCUCGAACACCCCUUGCUCCUCCCGCUGGAACUCCUCACACCAGCAUCAUUUGCACCGUUCGGCACCGCCAUCUCUCCAGCCUUCUCUUCUAAUUUAAAUACACCACCAUCCACGAUCCCACACCCUCUACACGCACCACACCAGCCGGCUGCUAGAUAUGCGAAUCAAAAUUCCGCACUGAAGACGUCUCCAGUCUCAAUAUUCGAGAAUCGCUACCCACCGACUCCACCAUCAGAGCCGCAGAUGAGCAUGUUCUCAUGCUUUCCGCGGAAUUUGAGUGGGAUCGGGAUCGAGACUGCAGGCUCCGAGACCCAGCAAGCAGGGUCGUCACCUCGCGUCCGGUUCCGAGUUGCGAUCCUGGAACGCCAUCCACAUACGACCCAGACAUUUUCGCCAUUGGGUCUAGCCACAGGAGAAGACAACAAUCGUGCAAAGACUUUCUUCCUAGUGAUCGUCGCGCCCUCGCUCCCAACCACCACCAGAAACAGCUCCAGCCGGGAUCUCGAGAUCAAGUCACCACCCGACCUAACCCGUCUCCGCGCGUUCAUCGCACAGGGCGACCAGGCCGUCACGUAUGGGGCGGGCACAUGGCACGCACCGAUGGUCGUGCUGGGCGAGCGGCGGGUGGAUUUCCUGGUCACACAGUUUGUCAACGGCAUCGCCGAUGACGACUGCCAGGAGGUGCUUCUGGGAGAGGGGAAUAGUGUGGGUGUACCGCUGGACGGGUUGAGGUUGAGGAUGGGUACGACCACGAAAGAAGAGUCCAGAGCAAGGGCGGCCAAGUUGUGA